UGCUUAGAUGACAAUUUCAAGAUACCAAACAGUAAUCACACCUGAUUCGAAAUAAAAAUACAAAACAAAAAGAGAAAACAUAAAUCCAAAUCUUUUUCUUUAAAAUAAAGACCUUAUUAAACCCUACAAUACCAAUUUAUUGUUUUGAUAAUGUCUAGUUAUUACUUUGUAAUAGUCGGUCAUAAUGAUAACCCAGUUUUCGAAAUGGAAUUCUCCAAUGUAAGCAAGGAAUUAAAGAAAGAAGACAAUAGACAUUUAAAUCAAUUUAUUGCACACGCUGCCUUAGAUUUAGUGGACGAACAUAAGUGGAAAAUGCCAAAUAUGUACCUUAAAUCCAUAGAUAAAUUCAAUCAGUGGUUUGUUACUUCUUUUGUGACUGCUAGCCAAAUAAGAUUCAUUAUAGUGCAUGACAACAAAAACGAUGAAGGCAUUAAGAGUUUUUUCAACGAAAUGUACGAAACCUACAUCAAACAUUCAAUGAAUUCCUUUUACAAGAUCAACACGCCCAUCAAAUCGCCAAUGUUUGAAAAGAAAGCUCAACUUUUCGGAAGAAAAUAUUUAUUGUCGUAGAUUGAAUGUGAAAAAAUAUUUGUUGUUAAAUAAAAUAAUUAUUAAUAAGUA